AUGUCACACGCUUAUUACAACGAGGUAUGGCUCGUAACAAGAAGCGAUUUGGAAAAAUUAUUGGAAUUCGAUCGAGAUCUACAAAAAAGCAAACCUAUAAAGAAUAGAGAAAAUGCAUUAGAUCGUGCACUUAAUCUUUACAUAAGAUAUCGAUAUCUUGUAAGAAGACUUGUCAUAUGUUAUAAUCAAAUGGUACAAACACAAAAACGAGAAUUAAUCAAGAAAGUAGUCGAUUGUGCAAUUGGACGAAUGCUCCAAUGCAAAAGAGAAGUCGUUAAAUUGGAUUCUUCUUAUUUUCAGUGGCCCGACGAUGUGUUGUAUAAAUUAAAAUUAACGCCAGACGAUGUAAACACUCCUGGCUUGACGAUCGAUAAAAAUCAUGCUUUAGAACGUAAAGAGUUAAUCGAGAAAAUAAAAAGAGAAGAGGAAGAAAAAUGUACGUUUCAAAAUGAGAAAUUGAAGAUGUAUCAUACGUUGUACUAUGUUUCAGCUUUUAUGAUAAGAGAACGAAGCCUUUCACAGGUGAUGAUAAGUAGUAUGAUGGAACUCGAGGAAUCACCGUCUAAAAUACAAUUAAUGCGUAGAAGAAGACACAGGCCUACUGAUACCGCGCAAAUGAAAGUUUUAAUAGAAACGCCUGAGCAAAGGCAAACUAGUGAAGCUCGAAAAGCUCGAGAAGCUGCUGAAAAGGUUAUGCACGAUGCGGUGCUUUUGAUACAGUCACAUGAAAGAGCUAGAGUCGGACGUUGCAUUGGUAAAGAAGCUUUACUUAUAUAUGAAUAUAAAAGAAAAUUGGAAACCGGUGAUACGGCUCCGCCAAUGAAAUUCGAUAAAGCAACGUAUAUUAAAGCGAUCGUUAUUAUUCAACGUGCUUGGAGAACAUUUGCAGCCCGAAAGGAUUUCAAAAGGAAAUUAAAUCGUUUAGAAGAAAUUUUAGAUAUGACGAUCCCAAGUUGGAAGUCUCUAGAUAUUUAUCAAAGAGACGAAGAAAUUUUUCAAAAGAGAUUACAAAUCAUACCGACGUACGCUGCACGAACUGAAAAAAUGUUUCACGAUGAACGUAUUAGGUUGUUGAAAAUGGUAGGGCCUGGAUUAAUAGAGGAUAUAACCGAUGAAAUCCAAGAAUGGUUCAUCGUUUGGUACGAUACAGUUGGACACUUUGAUGUUUAUCCACCAGAAGAGUUAGGUGGUAGCGUUUUGAUAGUGACGGGACAGACUACGGAUCCAGAAGAAUAUUUAAUGCAACAGAUACAAAAACAGAAAGAUGCAAAAACUAAAAAGAUUGCACAACCAGAGAAAGCAAAGAUAAAACCAAAAGUUAAAGAAAUUGCUAGAGGAUGGUUUAUGCCAGAAACUCCAGCAUUUACCUGUUUGGAAGAAGCAAAUAAUGAAUUCAUCGAAAAUUGGAGCUAUCGAGACGAAUCUUGUAAUCCUUUACAAAGACCUUAUCUUGAUUUGAUCGCCGAUAAACUUUGUUACGAACUUCAAUUAGAAAUGCGACUGAUCGUCGAUGAGCUUAUGAGACUCGAAUUGGAGAAAUUGAACGAAGCUUUAUUGAAAGAUCACGCGGCUGAUAGACCUAAAUUUCAGAUUCCUCGGAUGCUAGGUGCACAGAGACUACCAAGAAAGAAAUCAAAAAAAAAAUCAAAAAAGGAUCGUUUAGCUGAUAUUUCUAUAGAAGAACUUUUCAAAGAACUUGUACAAGAAAAUAUUAUUCGAAAUUAUCCAGAAAGAAGUUUGAACAAUUGGUUCGGUGAUCUUGCUUACCAAAAUUACGAAGCAUAUUCUGAAUUUCGAGAUCACUAUCAUCGGCUUGGAGAGAUCAAACAAAUUAUCAUGGAAUAUUGCGUGCUACCCCUCUCUUCUAAAGAAAUACAUACAAUUGCACCCUUAAUACGAUCCGUUUGUAUUUGUGGUUUACCUGGAUAUGGUAAAACUUUUCUGGUCGAUGCAAUUUGUUCGGAGGUUGGUGCACUCUUAUUCGAUUUAACACCAUCUGUAUUAAUUGGUAAAUACAUUGGUAAAAAAAACGAACGGAGAUUAAUGGAUAUCAUUGGCAAAUUAAGUCGCAUUUAUGCCCCUUCAGUGAUAUUUAUCGACGGUAGCGAGAAACCAUGGUUAAAGAAAGUCCCAUUAGUUGAACGAUAUCUUCAACCCAAACGAUUUGCUAAACACCACGCAAAGUUUGUCAAAAGUAUCAGACCAGGUGAUCAGGUUUUAUUCCUAACUGUUUCAUCGGAGCCAUAUAAAGCAAAGGGUGCAUUUACAAAAAUUCACAAUGUAUUUAUAAUGAUACCUCUUACUGAUUAUAAUACUCUAUACAUGUAUUAUAAAUAUAUGUUAAUGAAAUAUCAUGGAAUAGAUAGAAACAUAGACGUUUCUUGUCUAGCUAAAAUGUCCGUUGGCGUACCUUUGAAAUUUAUUCAAAAAUCGAUUGAAAAGGUAUUAUCGCUCGAAAGAAGAAUCAUUUUGAAUUAUGAACCAUUAUCGCAAGUAGAAAUUAUGGAAGAAGUUUGGAAAUACGAGCCUCUCGCUAACAAAAUCCUUGAACAAUAUAAACAUUUCGAAAAUAAAACUCCUCUUGGUCGAAUGAGAGAAAGAACGGUAGCUAAAGAGAAGGAAGCCUACGAGAGAAGCGCUGCUUUGAAAGCAAUGCGGGAAAAGAGAAGAACGUAA